AUGGCUGCCGAGACCGCUACCGCUUCCGCUCCCGCUUCCGCCCCUGCUGGGUCUCGCCCGCAGAAGCCCGACGAGAAUGUCUUCAAGGCCGAACUCGAAAAGGCCGAAAAGGCGCACAAGGCUGCUAUGGACCGUCUGAACGCUGUCAGGGCCAAGAUCGACCUUGCCACGCCCAACAAGAAUAAGGAUCAGCCCAACCCCACCCAGAAGCGCCGCCAGGAACUCAUCGCUCAGGCCAACGAAAUUCGCCAAAAGCAAGCCGGAGGCAAGAACGCCCGCACCUCCAAGCUCGAUCAGAUCAAGCGUCUCGAUGAGCAGGUUCGCAGCCGCAUCUCUGAGCAAAAGACCGCCAAGGCCAAGGUUCCCUACAAGAGCGUCGAGGACGUCGAUCGCCAGAUUGCCCACCUCGAUUCCCAGGUCAACUCGGGCACCAUGAAGCUCGUCGACGAGCGCAAGGCCCUCACCGACAUCUCCUCGCUGCGCAAGAUUCGCAAGACCUUUGGCCAGUUUGAUGACUCGCAGAAGCAGAUUGAUGAGCUGCGCGCCAAGAUCAAGGAGAUCAAGGACAGUAUGGAGGAUCCCGAGCAAAAGGCCAUGUCCGAGCAGUACAACAAGAUCCAGGCCGAGCUCGACCAGAUCAAGGCUGAGCAAGACACUGCUUACAAGAGCCUGUCGAGCCUGCGUGACGAGCGCACCAAGCUCCAUGCCGAGCAGCAGGAGACCUUUAUGGCCAUUCGCAAGCUCAGGGACGACUACUUCUCGCAGAGAAAGGCUGCCGCGGUUCAUGCGCGCGAGGCUCGCGAAAAGGCUCGCGAGCGUCGCGAGGCCGAGAACCAGCGCUAUCACCUUGAGCGCAAGAAGGCCGAGGCCGAGCGUCUCCUCUCCGAGGCCAGCGACCCUGCCUUUCUCGAGGAGAUUCGCCGCGCCAACAACCUGCUCGUUUUUCUCGACCCCAGCCAAAAGACGGCCGAGAAGACUCCUCUGCUGGCUGCCAGUGGCCUGACCGCCCAGGCCCAGCGUACCGUUGACGCUUCUGGCCUCAAGGGUACCGCUCUCAAGAAGAAGGAGGACCGCGAGGAGGAGUACCUCCCCGCCGCCAAGAAGGGCAAGAAGGGUAAGAAGAGCGGUGCCAGCACUGCCGCCAAGGGCUACAACUGCCCUCCCUCUGUCGUUGAGGACUGUGCCUUUAUGGGAAUUGACCCUCCCAUGAGCGCCGAGGACGUGCCGGGCGUCAUUGAAAAGGUCCAGGCCAAGCUCAACAGCUGGAAGAGUGACCAGGCCGCCCAGACCCAAAAGAACAUUGAUGCUGCUAAGAAGAGAAUCGAGGAGCUUGACAAGACUGACGAGGAGGGCACCAACGGCGACAAGGCUGACAAGACGGACAAGGUUGCCGAGGAUCUCAGCAAGGCCACCAUUUCCGAGAAGGAGGAGGCCUAA